GUCACGUGGGCACCCCAGGAAGCGCGGGCGCACCCACCUCGGGCUGCCGUGGAGUUUCGGAGAAGCUCCGCCGAGUGAUGGCGAAGCCCGGGCAGGGGCAGGACCCGGAGAGCACAGCCGCGGUCGCCAUGCUAACGCGGGCGGUGGAACUAGAUUCGGAGUCCCGGUACCAGCAGGCCCUGGUGUGUUACCAGGAGGGGAUUGACUUGCUCAUGCAGGUUCUGAAAGGCACCAAAGAUGACGCAAAGAAACAGAAUCUCAGAAAAAAAAUUACUGGCUACAUGGAUAGAGCAGAAAAUAUAAAGAAAUACUUGGAUCAAGAAAAAGAAGAUGGAAAAUAUCACAAGCAAAUUAAAAUAGAAGAGAAUGCCACAGGUUUCAGUUAUGAGUCACUUUUUCAAGAAUACCUUAAUGAGACUGUUACAGAAGUUUGGAUAGAGGAUCCUUAUAUUAGACAAACUCAUCAGCUGUAUAACUUUCUUCGGUUUUGUGAGAUGCUUAUUAAGAGACCAUGUAAAGUGAAAACAAUCCAUCUUCUCACUUCUCUGGAUGAAGGCACUGGGAAAGAGCAGCAAAGAAGUGGCCUGAAAGAAAUAAAAGAGUCACUCAAGAAUCAUGGAGUACUGUUGGAAUUGGAAUACUCUUCUUCAAUACAUGACCGAGAAAUUAGGUUCAACAAUGGAUGGAUGAUUAAGAUUGGAAGGGGACUUGAUUAUUUUAAGAAACCACAGAGUCGGUUUUCCCUUGGAUAUUGUGAUUUUGAUUUAAGACCAUGUCAUGAAACAACAGUGGACAUCUUUCAUAACAAGCACACAAAAAAAAUAUGAUGUAUUUUACAUUAUAUAUUUACAUUAUGUAUUCCUAUUUUAAGUGAAUAUUGGUUUUUUUUUUACUUUGUACGGAUCAUUGCUUUUAUGUAUAAAUU